AUGCUUCUUUCUUUAUCUUUGAGGGGCUAUAAGUUGAAAAUUAAAAGAUACUGUGCGGAAUUGGGGAUCCACCCUCCUGAGUACUACAAGAAGAAAUAUAGUGUUAACGAAGUGCACUAUACAGAUGAGAUUGCCAGUGUUUUGGCUUCGAAAAACCCUUCCGUUCUUCUUACUCUGCGAGGAAUUAACACCGACAGUGGAAGCGUGACCAGGGAAGCAUCUUUUGACAAAAUCAGCGAGUUUACAGUAAACAAUACAAUUCUCCAUCCUGAAAUUGCAGAAUGCCGCGUGAUUAAGACGGACAUGGAGUUGGAAGUCCUCCGCUACACCAAUAAAAUUUCCAGUGAAGCUCAUAAAGAGGUAAUGAAGGCUGUAAAACCCGGCAUGAAAGAAUAUGAGUUGGAGAGCCUCUUCCAGCAUUACUGCUACAAGCAAGGAGGCAUGCGGCACACUUCCUACACCUGUAUCUGUGGCAGUGGCGAUAACAGCUCAGUUUUGCACUACGGCCAUGCUGGAGCUCCAAAUGAUAAAACUGUUGAAGACGGAGAUCUCUGCCUCUUUGACAUGGGAGGAGAGUAUUACUGCUACGGGUCAGACAUCACCUGCACCUUUCCCGCAAACGGAAAAUUCACUCCUGACCAGAAGGCCAUCUACGAGGCCGUGUACAGGUCCUCCCGGGCGGUGUUCGGCAGCAUGAAGCCAGGGGUGUGGGUGGCCUGGCCUGAAAUGCACCGUCUGGCAGACCGAGUCCACCUGGAAGAACUUAAGAAAAUUGGCCUUCUCCGCGGCAGCGUUGAGGACAUGGUGAAGGUCCACCUGGGUGCCGUAUUUAUGCCUCACGGACUGGGACACUUUCUUGGCAUCGACGUUCACGACGUGGGUGGCUACCCAGAGGGAGUCGAUCGCAUUGACCUGCCAGGUCUCCGGAGUUUGAGAACGGCCCGUACCCUUCUGGAAGGCAUGGUGCUGACCGUGGAGCCUGGCAUCUAUUUCAUUGAUCAUGUCUUGGACCAGGCCUUGGCUAACCCAGCACAGGCCUGUUUCAUCAACAAUGAAGUCCUGGCACGUUUCCGAAAUUUUGGUGGGGUACGGAUUGAGGACGACAUUGUGGUGACAGCCAGUGGGAUGGAACUGAUGACUUGUGUCCCUCGUACGGUGGAGGAAAUCGAAGCCUUCCUGUCAGAGUCUCGGGGCAGCACCAAAUCUUUUGCUUUGGCCUCUAGCUAGGUGCCCCCUCCUCACCUGAGGUUUGCGGUUCCUUGCAACCUGCCCAGCACCUCCAAGAAAAGCCUGCUUAUAAAAGAAUCAAAUUCAAUUGUUUUCCUAUGGGAAACAUAGGAAAACCAAAAUGAGGGUACCAAUAACCAAAUCUGAUUAUGCUUGACUCGAUUCUCCCUCUUGCCCUUUUACAAGUUUUUUCCUGAAUGAUUGACUGGUGUAGCUUUGAUAAGCAAAUACAACAAUCAGUGCAACCGAAUCUUCUUCUCUUCUCAAUAGCCAAUAAAGAGCACAAGAUCUGCCAAUGAAAUAAA